UCAGAAUAUUUUUAAACAAACUUUGUCAUUAUUUUGAAAAAAUAUAUUUUUCUUGUUUUAAUUGGAUUUUAUAAAAUGUUUAUAAUUUUAUCCGUAAUUAUAAAUUUCAUAGCAAUAAAUGUAGAUAGUGAAAUAGUACCAUUCGAUGAAUUAUUUCCUGGUGAUACAUUCAAUUUAAAUGAUUUAAAUUCGACGUCAGUUAACGUCCGUGGUAGCAUAUUUAACAGUUACAGUGAUGGGGUAGAUUUUAUUGACAAUUACGAACUCGAAAAUAGAAAUUAUAUUACGACUAUUAAACGAAACUGUGUACCUAUAGAAUCAUUUGAAUCGUAUUAUUAUCCAGAUAUUUAUAUUGAUGAUGAAAAGUAUAAUCCAUCUGAAAUAUUUGGUAAAUUUGAUAUAAAGAAUGAUAACUUUUUUAAUAUCGAUAAAAAAUUUUUAAGUGAUAAAUAUUCGUAUGGUAUUAUAAAAUUAUGCCGACAAAUGGCAUUCAAAUUUCUACAUGUCAAUCCAAUUAAACAAAAUAAUUUGCCGAAUUUUAACGGAAGCAAAAAUUAUAAAAUUUUACAUGAAUCAUCAGAUAUAUUACGAUUCAAAAGAAAUAAUGAGACACAUUCGGUAUCAUUAAUUAAUACAGGAGGUUGUUUAUUACAAGUUUUCGUAAAUAAGGCUGAAUUGUGCAAUAAAAUUGAUCAAAGUAAAAUUCAAAUAAAUUAUCUAAAUGAUUUUUUCGAAACAAAUUUAUAUAAAAGUCGCAUUAUAUCCUCCAAUAAUAACCAAACAAUAACACAAUUUGUAAAUGGUGUAUUUACUUUUAGUAAUAAUUAUAACACAGUCAAUCGUUCUCUUUUUACUUUUGAGCAUUUACAUAAUGACCUCAAAGAUAUUAUUUUAAAACAUUUAAACCAAAAAAAUAUUAUUAAAAUAAAUUUAUUUUCACUGCCUGAAUUUCCGGAAAUAUCAAAAAUUAAUCAGCAGCAAUCUAUUGGUAAAAAAAUGAAUUUAAAACCAGGUGAUGUUAUCGAUCAAGAUGAUUUGAAAGAAUUAAAACCAGAAAAUUAUACUGGUAACUUAUAUCAUUCUACAAAUGUACCAAUAACUUUGUUUGAUUAUACUGAUUGCUAUCAAUAUAAUAACAAUCAAUUGGUUACACUUGAGUACGAUUAUAAAAAUUAUUAUUAUAAAUUAAAUUUAUUUGAAGAAAUGGUUAAACGUAAAAAUUAUGGAGUCGAUUAUAAAUAUUUGAAUAAAAAUUAUAAAUGUCUUAAAAUAACUAUUUGUUCACAAUUUCAAGGACCAAAAUCACCAAACAUGCCAUCAUCUUUAAAAGUUAUUAAUUUAGAUGAAUUUAAAAAUAAUUAUGAAAAAUACAAUAUUUUUAAAAAUGAAAAUAUCGUUAUGCGACUUUCAAAUAAAACAAAUAUAUAUUACAUUUCUGAUAUGGAAUAUGGUGAUUGCUUAUUUCAGACAUUGAUAUAUCCUGCUUCAACUGAAAUAUAUCAAGUAAAUAAUUUACAUGUACUGCCUGUAUACACCGGUGAAAUUAUAUCAGCAAGUAAUAAUCCAACUCUCAAAGAUUGGGUCAAAAAUUUAAUUACUACCACUUCUUUUACUAUUGGCGAUAGUCUUAUAAAUCUAAAACUUAAUGAAAUAGAAUUAGUAUUUCCUAUUAUCAGUAUGCUUAAUAAUAAUAAAGUAUUAAUUAAUUUAUAUUUGAAUCAAUUAAAUUGAAUUUAAAUAAUUAAUAUUUAGAGCAGGAUUUACUGAUUGUAAAAAAAAAUAAUUUAUAAUUUUGUUGAUAAAUUUAUUAUUGAUAUAAAAGUUGGCAUUAUAAUAUUUACAAAGAAUAUAGAGAGAAAUAAUAAUACAUUUUAUAUUUU